AUGUUCAAGUCGCCGCGACCGCACGCUAUGGUGAUCCACAAGAAGUACUCCGACAGCUCGCCCUGGACGCCGUGGGCAUACUUCUCCAGCAACUGUCACACCUACUUUGGCAUGCCUUAUAACCGGAUGCAUGAAUUCUCCCGACCAGACGAGGUUAUCUGCCGAGAGGAAUACUCCACUCUACAGCCCCUUUAUGAUGGUGAGAUGGUCUUCUCCGUGAUCAACGGCAGGCCCGGCUAUGAGGACUUCUUCCAGAACGAAGCUCUCCAGUUUCAAGGCAAGGCCCGCCAAGACAUUGAUAAUGCUGGCAAUAUGCCAUUUUGGUUUAGAUGUAUAUGCAACGGCCACGGAAAGGACUGCCAACCCAUUUCCGGCAGCGGGGCAAACCACAAAUUGAUCUGCGUUUGCGAUCCAUCACACCACACGGCCGGGGACAACUGUGAGAUGUGUGCCCCUGGCUAUCGUGACCGACCUUGGGCGCCAGCCACACCGGAAACUCCCAACCCCUGUAGAGCCUGUGAAUGUAAUGAUAAUUCGUUGCGUUGCGAAUUCAACGAGGAAGAGUACCACCGGACGGGAUCCGGUGGCGUCUGCGUCGGUUGCGGCAAUAACACCCACGGCAAGCACUGCGAGCUCUGCCUA